AUGCGGGAAAUGAUGCAGAAGUUCUCGGACGGAAGGUCCGUUCACGCUACCAAGCACAUGGAUCUGGUAUCAAGAACCACUGAGAAGUCUCCCUUCUCAGAAUGGAUUCAGAACGAGUCCAAACCGCAGGACUUCGUAAUCCCUCCUCUACCUGCGUUUAAUGGAAAGGGAGACCCAUUAAACCACCUGUUCCAAUUCCAGCAGAAGAUGGCCCUAGAAGCCAACAACAAAGCCAUACAAUGCAAAGUUUUUUCCACAACUUUCUCUGGGCCGGCCCUGCUAUGGUUUAGGCAAUUGAAACCUGGUUCUGUCAAUGGUUUUGGUGACCUCCAUCGAACCUUUCUCCAACAGUACAGUGCAAACCGUGAGGCACCAAGAACAAUGGCAGACCUCUAUCGGAUCGAGCAAGGGGAAAAUGAACAUCCAAAGUCGUACCUGCAGCGUUUCAUUGACCUCGUGCAUCAGAUCCAUGACGUCGACCCAGUCACUGCAGCUAAUCUCUUCGUCAAAAUCUUGCAGGUGGGAUCAUUCUUGCACGAAAACCUCACCAUUACCCCACCUUAUGACAUGGUUGAGACCCAGAUCCGCGCUGAGGGUGUCUUCAGAGUCCUGGAAUUUCGAGAGCGUGCACAAAAGAAAUCUGCGCUUAUCUCUGCUCCACCAACGAAUAACCCUCCUCCUCCGUCUGUGAAGGACGACAAGAGGAAGAGACAACAAACGGACCAUGCAAAAGAAGGGAAAAGGCCCAGACAGAAUCGAGAGUCACCACGAUACCCCUCCUUCGAAUACACCGUCCCUCAGGAAGUCAUUUAUGAAGAAAAUAAAGACAGACCCAUCUGGCGUGAGCCAUACAAAAUUACCACUCCUCCUGACAGAAGAGAUAAAAACUGA